ACUUGACAUAGCGCGGCUUUGAUUAAUUUUGAGUUUUGAAACAAGCAUGGGCGCCGGCAAAAGCAAGGAGGAAUCGGAUUGCAGCGACUCAAACUCUGAAGAGGACAGUGAUUCGGAAUCUUCCAGCCUUGCCGUUGAAAAUGGCGACAUGCCCGAUGGCUGCUGCGGAAGGCUGAAGUUCUUUUGCUGCUGCUCGCCACCCGAGAAGUCAAAAGCGCGGCGUGGUUCUCUUCAGCCGAAGGUCUUCUUCGUGGAGAAUUCCGGUAAGGACGUUCACGAGUACUUCAACUUUGAUGAAUCGGAUAUUUUGGGGGAGGGUGGCUUUGCCAAAGUAUGUCGCGCAACUGCGAAGAACAGUGGUGUGGCUUUUGCGCUGAAGAUCAUUGUAAAGCAGCGGGUGCCACAUCAAGAGAGACUACAGCGAGAGAUCCAGACUAUGUUCGCACUGGACCACCCGAACAUCAUCAAGGUGUACCAAUCUUUUGAGGAUGUCAAGCAGAUCUACCUUAUCAUGGAGUGCUGUGAGGGAGGGGAGCUCUUUGACGCCAUCCUGGACCAGGGCAGGAUGUCCGAGUCGGACGCCGCCAUCAUCAUGCAGCAGAUCUUCAGAGCGCUGGUCUACUUGCAUGAGAACGGGGUGUGCCACCGGGACCUCAAGCCGGAGAACUUCCUCUUCCUGAAGAAGGCCCCGGUGAAAGACAACACCCUCAAGAUCAUCGACUUUGGCAUCGCGGCGACAUUUGAGGCCGGGCGCCACACCAUAACGGCCAUGACCUCAAAGGUGGGCACGCCGUAUUACGUGGCUCCCGAGGUGAUCACGCGAUUCCCCAGGUACAACGAAAAGGUGGACUGCUGGAGCGCGGGAGUGAUCAUGUACAUUCUGCUUUCGGGCAUAUUCCCGUUCAAGGAGCAGAAGACCAAAGACACCCUGACGAGAGUGAUGGCCGGCAAGUUCGGAUUCCCCCCGGAGGUCUUCCAAGGCGUGUCCAAGGCUGCGAAGGACCUCAUCCGAAAGCUGCUUCAGAAGAGUGCGGAGCAGCGCUUGUCUGCCAAAGAGGCCAUGAAGGACCCUUGGAUCGUGAACACGGCGCAGCACGCCACCGCACCACUCUCCGGGGCGGUGAUGGAGAAUUUGCGCAAGUACAGUGCAGAGCAUCGCCUGAAGAAGGCGGCCCUGCACAUCCUGGCGCGCCAGCAGAACGAUGAGGUCUUCGCUCUGCUCAAGAAGCAGUUCAGCGAGCUGGACGAGAACGGGGACGGCGUCAUUACCUUCAGCGAGCUGAAGCAAGGUAUGAAGAGAGCAGGGCUCAGCAAUGGCUUCAGCAACCAGGAGCUGCAGGAGCUCGCGAAGGCGGUGGAUGCGGAUGGCUCCGGGGAGAUCGACUACACCGAGUUCCUGGCUGCGGCCAUGGAGCGGAAGUGCUUGGUGCAGGAGAGCUCGCUGUGGGCGGCCUUCCGGGUGUUCGACAAGAACGAUGAUGGCCGCAUCUCCAUGAAAGAGUUGGAGGAUGUCCUCUAUUCUCGCGAGGCGCACACCGCGCUUUCCAAGGAGCAAGUGCAGAAAAUUCUCGCGGAUGUGGAUACCAAUGGGGACGGUUUUAUCGAUUUUAAUGAGUUUGUUGCCAUGGUGCGGUCGUGAGUUUCCGGCAUGCUCCACCGGGGUUGAGAGCCACAAGUGCUUGCCGGAAGGCAAGCCGCAGAGAAGGGGGUGGUCAUUCACUGUGUCCCCC